GGAAGUCAUUAUUCAAUAUUGAAUAUUCCUACCUAAAAACUAAUUCAGCUUGAAAGUGAAUCGCUAUGACUGGGUUUAUAAUCUAAUGUGUAGUAAAAUAAAAAAAAUGUUUUGUAGUUUUUAAAUUACCAUUAGUUUGCAAGUAAAUCACUUCAGCACGUCUUCUAUUCUACGUAAUAACAGUGUUUAGAGCAACCUUAGGUUAGUUUUGUGAAUAGCCAUGGCGGUCCUAGCGGCAGCUCAGUUGCUUGACGAAUUGAUGGGUCGGCAUCGAAAUACGAAUCCAAAUGAAAAAAUUAAAAAACCCAAUUGGGAAGAUCCUGAGUACUGUAAAUAUUACAUGGUAAAGUUUUGCCCUCACGACUUAUUUGUUAAUACUAGAGCUGAUCUUGGAGCAUGUCCAAAAGUACAUGAUGAUGAAGUUAAAGAUUUAUUUGAAAAGGCGGACUUUUCCUACAAAAAAUCUCAGUAUAUUGAAGAAUUUCUACGAUUUUGUCGUCACAUGAUUAAUGAUGUUGAGAGAAAGAUACAGAAGGGAAAGCAAAGACUGGAACUUAUGAAUUCAAGGCCAGAAGGUCCUCCAAUGACUCAAGCCCAAACAGAGAAGAAUCAAGAACAAGUAUCAUUACUGUCUGAGAAAAUAACUGCAUUAGUCCAAGAGGCAGAGGAGGCGGGAACAUGUGGCAAUGUGGAGCAAGCUCAAGGCCUUAUGAAACUUUGUGACAGACUUAAAGAAGAAAAGGAUCAACUUUUGAAGCAACAGGAGAACAGUCAUUGGUCUAUGACUGCUGAAUUAGCAGCUGCACAGGAGAAACAAAUGGAGGUGUGUCCUGUAUGUGGGGCAUUUUUGAUUGUUGGGGACGCUCAGCAAAGAAUUGAUGAUCAUUUAUCUGGAAAGCAACAUGUAGGAUAUUUUAAACUACGUCAGGCCUAUGAAGAAAUGGUAGCAUCUCGUGAAAAAGAACAGCAAGAGAAGGAGAAGCGACGCCGGGAGGAUAGGGAGAAGGAAAGAGAAAGGAGUACUAGGGGCGGAGGUUUGGGUUCCGAUAGACGUGAUCGGGAGAGAAUGGAACGCGACCGGGAACGCGAUCGCGAUAAGGACAAGGACAAAGAUACUGUCCGAGAUAAAGAUAGACAUAGGGAAAAUCGUGACGAAAAGAACAAUCGUGACGAGAAGAACACCCGUGACGAGAAGAACAAUCGCGACGAGAAGAACAACCGUCAUGAGGAUCGCGACCGUGAGCGCGAACGUGAUCGCGACAGGGACCAGCGUCGUGACCGCGAUAAGGAGCGGGAAAAGGAACGGGGUGACCGUGACCGUGAACGUGACAGAGACCGCGACCGGAAGCAUCGUAGGCGAUCACCCCACGAACGGUCACGUCGCCGCUCCCGCGAUCGCCGCUAGAAAAACUGAGGUAUCACAAAUCACCUCGAAAUGUUGGAAGUGUGAAGACAAACGGCUCAACAGCGGCAAAGAGGUACUUUUGAAUAAACUACAGAAGAACCAAACUGAACAUUGGACUCGUCCCCAAAUGAUUUCGAGGUGACAUCAUAAGUCACGAUUAAAAUAAUAAAUUACUAAUGCAUGUAAUCGUAUUAGUGUUGGUUAUGCUAGGUUAUAUGUAUAGGUUAGCUCAACAUCUAUGUCCCUAGGCAAGUUUAUACCGAUUCCACUGAGGAGUUAUUCAGGUAUUUAUCCAUUUUUUAUUUGUCACGAUAAAGACGAAUUUGUGAUUGGCGUAUUAAGCAGUGUGAACGGUUAGCGUUGUUUUAAAAAUAUUAAAUAAAUGCAUAAUU